CCCCAACCGGCCCCUGGAUCCACCCUCGCCCCCAUGGCCCGUCAUCCCCGCAGCAGCCACCAGGGGGCGCCCUGAACACCUGCGUCGGCCUCUGGUUCCUCACCCAGAGCCCUGCGGGGCUCCCACCUCCCUCGGGUCAAAGCCGAAGUCCUCCCUGCGACCCUCAGGGCCCGUCCACUCCCUGCCUCCCUCCUCCUCUCUUCCCUCCCCUCUGCUCCAGGUACCCAGGCUCCUCACCCCCCAGUCUUGACCUGCCUCAGGGCCUUUCUGUGCCUGGAGCACCUUCCCCCAGAUGUUCUCUGUCCCCACUCCUUUCACUUCCCUCAGGUCUCUGCUCAGAUGUCACCCCAAGUGAAGCCUCUCAAGUAUGUUGGUAAAAAUGUACAAACUGUAGGCGGCACCUGCCAUCAUUCCAGUGACUGGGGAGGAUGAGGCAGGCAGAUCACAACUUUCAGGCCAGUCCAGCAACCCAGCAGGUCCCCGUAUCAAGCAAAAAUGUUUUCAACCCUUAAUAUUAGAAAUUGGUGGAGUUUAGUAAAACAGUUUGGCAGAGUCCAACCAGGAGCCACCCCAAGACCCCACAAGUCCACUCUUGGGUGUCAGGGCAAGUGGAAACACAGCCACAGGAAGGUCCCCAUCAAUGCCCACGGCACAGAGACAAGGCGGAACAGCCCAGCUGCCACCUGCAGGUGACAGAUGCACAGUGGUCCAUCCACACCAGAGUGUCCUUGGCCAGGGCAGGAGGAAGGAGAAGGGCCCUGCCGUGUGGAUGGACCUGAGGACCUCGUGCUCAGUGACAGUCACACAGGCCAGUAUGGCUCCAGAGGAAGGGAAGGUGCAGGACAGGGGAGUCCAGGGACAGGACACGGCCCCGUGGUGCAGGGCUGGGGGGCUGCAUAACUUGGUGACAGCCGGGACGCCAGAGUCCUCCUCCUCAGUGGAGAGUGCAGGAUCUGUGACUCACACAGAAACACAGCGACUCCCGUCCUGCCCCACGCAACCUGCACCUGUUUCCCCUCCUCCAGACGUCGUGAGCUCCAGGGCCCAGCAGCGGCCAGUGUGGGUCUCCACUGCGUCCUCUGUCUGGCACGAUGUCAAACCGGACCCCCCGGAGGCCGUGCGCCUGAGCCCCCUCCCUGGGCGGCAGCUGCAGGUGCGCUGGGAGCCCCCUCGGUCCUGGCCCUUCCCCGAGGUCUUCUCUCUGAAGUACUGGAUCCGAUACAGGCGUCAGGGAGCCUCCCGCUUCCGCCAGGUGGGGCCCAUCGAAGCCACUAGCUUCACCCUCAGAGCUGUGCGGCCCCAGGCCAGGUACUGCAUCCAGGUGGCAGCCCAGGACGUCACGGACUACGGGGAGCUGAGCGACUGGAGUCUCCCUGCUGCCCCCCCCAUGACCCUGGGCAUGUAGCAGCCUCCUGGGGCUCCACAGGGACUGGGUCCUUGGACACCUCCUCCCUGCCACUGUCCAGAGGGUGGAUGGGAUCCCCCUGGCCUGAGCACACCUCUGGCUCCACUGCAGCCCGAAGAGGGUGACCUUGAUGAGUAACUGCCUGCCUGAGCCUCCAUUUCCCACAGAGAAACAGGGACAUGCCCUCUCCCCACCACAGCGCGGGGCUCUGUGAACUGUGAACCUCACAUAUUUUUAUUAGAUAAUUUAAUUAGAAGAAUUGUUGACAGAA